AGCUGAUCGAUUCGAUUUGGAUUUGAGUCUUAUCUUGAGUUUCGAGGUUAGGUCUCCCACAGGUCUCCUUACCAUACCAAAUCACUGGUACCUAUAUUAAGUUAUCCUGAGUGUAGUCUAAAAGAAACUCUUAAUUAAUUUGUGAUAUGUAUAAGUACCAAAUAAUAAUCAUCACUUUUUAAAGUGUCCAUUCGCAAUUUUUUCUGAAUAUAAAAUAAAUAAUUCUGUAAGGCAAUGAGAAUUGGAUGGAUUCAUAAACUUGUCAACAAAUGGCCUGGAAAAAAAGUUUUUGGUAUGUAUAGGUUUCUACCUAUGUUUUUUGUACUGGGAGGAGCUUUAGAGUUUUCUAUGAUAAACUGGAGAGUUGGUGAAGUUAACUUCUAUAAUACAUUCAAAAAGCGACAAGCUCACGAUAUAGUCGACGAGAAAAUUAGGAAAUAUUCUGCAGCAUAA